AUGACCGACACAACCGUUGAAGCCGCAAAGCGCGCUGCCGCACACCAAGCAGUAGCGGAUCAUUUCGAUCCAGCAGCCACCCACGUUGGAAUUGGCUCCGGAACAACCAUUGUAUACGUCGUCGAAGCCAUCAAGGAGCGCUCCACGAAUCCCAACAUCCUCUUCGUACCCACAGGCUACCAAUCGCGCCAACUCGUAGUCAACGCCGGCCUAACUGCCAUCUCCUUCGACAGUCUCCCCGAUCACGUAAUGCUCGAUGUCGCUUUCGAUGGAGCCGACGAGGUCGAUUCGGAACUCAACUGCAUAAAAGGAGGAGGUGCAUGCCUGUUUCAAGAAAAGCUAGUCGCUGAGCGCGCCAAGAAGUUUGUUUGUGUCGCAGACUACAGGAAGAGACAAGAUCGUCUGUUGACCAACUGGCCAACGAUACCAAUCGAGGUUGCGCCGCUGUCUCAGCUCAAGGUCGCUGCUGCGCUUAAGAUGCUUGGUUCAACGGGUCCUAAGCUAAGGACUACGCUACUCGAGAAGUCUGGGCCCCUGAAAACGGAUCAGGACUUUUACAUUAUCGAUGCCCCGUUCCCCGCACUGCUCACUUCCGCCGACGUCGCAGCUGGCAAAGGCAAGGGCGACGGAACAGAUGGUACAUGGGAGGUCAACACUAUCAGCAAGGCGAUCAAGGGCUUGACUGGUGUAUUGGAGGUUGGCAUCUUUUCUGGUCUCAACGGAAUCGAUGCGCAGCAACUUCGCGAGCAGGAUCAGUUGACCAAGACCGUACGGGGUGGUCAGAAGCCUGUCGCUGUCUACUUUGGCAUGGAGGAUGGAAGCGUCAAGAUGCGGACAAUCGAGGGAGAGAAAUAG